AUGUCCACAAGAGUGUCGGCAGUAUACUUCGACAACGGUCAUGCUCAGCAUCUGGCAGCCCAAUACUUGGCAGCAUGCCACCGACAGGAUGUAGAGACGCUCACCAUCGGCGUGGCCAUCAUUGCAUCUCUCGGGACCAUGUCAGUAUCGCUCCUAGGAUGGGGCCUCUGGGAACGCAAGAAGCGGUUGCGCUCUCCGCACCUCGACAGCAAAGGAAAUGAUAGUCCAGCCUUGGAGAAAAAGGCCAACUCGAGUCAUGCGGCAGAUGGCCAAUCCUACAACCGACGUCUCCACACAUGUGACAGCCGCAGCAAAAAGGGACCCAAGUCCGAGGGUGUGAGGCAUCCACUGGGUGAAUUGCCAGACGCGGUUCCAGCAGCUGCGGAAAUGGCAGAUUUUCGAAGCACUCAGGCUGUUGAGUAUCGCCAGGUGGAGAUCUGA